AUGUCACAGCCGACCGAGUUCAUCCAUGGAACUGGGUCUGGAGGGAGUCUUACAUCUCUGCUGGUUCAGCCCAUCUCCGCCUUCCUUGCCAAGACUUUAUUGUCCUCCUCAUCAGUGGGACAGGAAGCAGAUGCCUGCACUCCUUUAUCUAUGCCUCCCAACACAGAUGGAAAGAAGAUUACUCUGACUAUAGGAAACCAGAUGACCUAUAAGAAGAUUUACAACGUUGUUGGAUACUUGAAAGGAAAGAAGAAUCCAGAUCGCCACCUUCUGGUUGGCAGUCGCCAUGACGGUAACCGGGGAGGUGGGACUUCAGCCAUUACGACUCAACUGAUCGCAGCACUAACGGAGCAAACCAAACAGGGAUGGGUGCCGGACCGAACCACUGUGUUCUGCUCCUGGGGAGGCACGGCCCUGGGGAACAUUGGCUCCUACGAAUGGGGAAAGGAUAACAGCGUCGUCCUUCAAAGCAGCGCUGUGGCCUACGUGAGUCUGAACUCUCCAGUUCGAGGGACGGAGACUCUUGGAGCCACAGCAUCUCCGACUCUGCUGCAGCUCACUUCAGACAUUCAGAGGGUAAAAAAAUUCCUACUGCUGGAUUACCUGCACAAUGCUUCCCGAUGCACUCCACUAUGGGCUUCCUGACAGAAACAGAUCACA